AUAAUCGCGCACUAAUCUAAGGCCGAUAACUCUAGCUUUUACCGGAAGUACAGCAAAAUGGAAAAUGGCGCCCUCCAUGAAUCGUACUGAAAUGGGGGAAUGUUGAAGUUGCGAGUGAAAGUGACAGCAACUUCACCAUGGACUCGCCUGGGGACAACACUGCCGUGAUUCGGAUGAAACGGGAGUUUGAUGCCUUUGUCUCAGCCAGUAGGAAACGGCACUUGCAAAGGAGCUUCAACGUCAAUCAAGCUGAAAAUGAUGAAGAAACCACACCCUCAUCUCCUGCUGUGUCCAUGAGAAACCUCCUAGACAAGGAGAAGGAGGAGAAACUGAUGAAAGCGGAGGUUAUCACGGCCAAGAGUAUGAUUGUGAAGCUGGAGGCAGAAGUAGAUAACCUGCGUAGGUCCAACAAGAGGACCCGUAUUGAGUAUGAUAAAGACCUGGGCAACUUGACCAGUGAAAAACAGCGGGAGUUGGAGAAAGCUGGGGAGCUGAAGUCACGCUUGCAGUAUCUUGCUGACAGAGAGAAGACAGCUCGAGAAGAGCUGCAGGAGCUGCGCCGGGAAUCGGAGCUGAGGGCGGCAACUGCGGAGGAGAAGCAACUGGCGCUUCAGAAGGACAAGCUGCAGCUGGAAGAAGAUCUACAACAGGCCAACGAGCAGUCGUGGGAGAAGAUAACGGAGCUGAGGAACCAGUCCAUGAGGACGCAGAUGGAGCUGCAGAUCUGUCAGACGGAGCUGGAGGAGACCAAGGCGCAGCUCAAGCUGCAGCUCAAACGGUCAGCCGAAACUACUGCCCAUCUCAAGGAGUUGGAGGACUUCCGCCUGCGAGCUGUACAGGCGGAACAGAAGAUAAAGGACCUUGAGGACCAGGAGAGUCUGCACCAAGAGGAUGUCACCAUCACACGUGCACUCAAGACUCAGCUGGAAAACCUCCCCGACCUUGAGAGGGAGCUGGAAAAACUGAAAGAGGAUAACAAAUACUACAAGGAGACAGAAAAGAAUACUCUACUGCUGGAGGAACAGAUUGAUGGCCUGACCAGGAAACUGCAGCGGGCAGAGGACAGGAUGGCAGACUACACCCAGAUGCAGCUGGACAAUGAGAGUCUGAAGAUCAACCUGGAGAGAUGGCAGGGGAAAUCGGCAGCUGGAGUCGGGAACCCUCUGUCACCGACAGAGUUGUCCCAGCAGGUGGUGGAGCUGCAGAGUGCCCAGAUGUUGGCGCGAGACGAGUACGGCAAGCUACAGUCCAGGUUCCACUCCCUGCAGGCAGAACUUAGGGAGACAACUUCCAAGUACCAGACUGCAGUACAGGAAGCAAGUGCUGGGAAGACAGGAUCGCAGCAUCAGCAGGAUCUCAUAAAGAGGCUCCAGCGGAAGCUGCUGUUGGUCAGCAAGGAGCGGGAGGGCUACAAACGAAUCCUGGACUCGUACGAGAGUGAAGUGACGGUGAACGUGGGGGCGCUGCAGGCAAGCCGUGUUCAGCAGCUAGAGCAACUACUCCACGACUACCGCACUCAGACGGAGUCAUUGGAGGCAGAGCUUGGACGCACCGCCCACGAGGUGUCACAGACCAAGACUAAGUGUUUACAGCUGGAGACGCAGACAGAUGGGGGCGGCAGAGCGGCACAAGCAGCAAAGUGUGACCAGAGAACUAUACAGGAACUAAAGGAGAGAGUCAUAGAGCUUGAGUUGGAGGUAGAGAAGAAGAACAGACAGGUUGAUGUCCUGGAGGCCCGGAUAGAACAGAGGAAACUACAGGGUGAUUAUGAUCCGUCCAAGACGAAGGUCGUCCACUUUACUAUGAACCCGGCUGAAAUCGCUCAGAGGCACCGAGAGGAGGAGAUGAAAAGGUUGCAAGACGAGAAUGACAAACUAAAACAGAGGCUGAAGUUAUUGGAGGAGUCUGGAGGCUCGGUGGACGAUUUGACUCAGAAGGUGGAGAAGAAACUGCAGGAGCCAGAUGUCAGCAAGGAGGUGGAAGAACUGAAGAGCCAGCUGACCCGGGAAGAGCUACGCAACAAGCGACUGAUGGAGGCGUUCAAGAAGACGAGCCAGGAGUUCCGUGAGGUGUGCUACCAGCUGACGGGCUACAAGAUCGACAUCCCCUGUGCCAGUCAGUACCGGCUGACAAACAUGUAUGCCGACUCCCCACAGGACUACCUGUUGUUUGCUCAUGGCUCCUCUGGGGAGACGCAGAUGCUACAAACGGCUUUCUCCGAGACUGUGCAGGACCUGAUUGACCUUUACCUUGCAAAACAGGACAGUAUCCCAGCAUUCCUCAGUAGCGUCACACUUCAGCUGUUGGGGAGUCGAACGAUGUGUGUAGAUUGAAUGUACCUCCAAAGUGAGGGUUUUAAUGUCAAGGUGUGUACCUCUAAAGUGAGGGUUUUAAUGUCAAGUUGUCCUCUUGGACGUUGGUGACAGAGAUGCUUCUCCUUGCAACGAACACUUACCACUGCAGAAAAAAAUUCAAGAUUCCAAUGGACCACUGAUGCACAUGAUGGCAGAGAGAAAUCUACAGUUCAUGACAAAAUUAUCAAGUGAAACGCAAUAUACAGCGAUGAAAUUAUCAUGGUGCAGAAACCAAAUCUGCUGAGGUUUAUCUAAUCACUAAAUAUGUGACUGUCUGGUAGGCAAAUAAAUGCUGACUAGGUCUGCUUCCCUUGAAGAGUAUCAGCUCAUUGGAUCUGUGAACUCCAAAUGUGGAUGGCUGUCCUGCUGUAGGACAGGGGGAUGUGUGGCUCAACGGCACGGUGCCACUGCACAUCCUUGUAAGGAUGAAGCAACAUGGGAAGCUGCCGACGUAACCAUUGGAAACAGUUGUUAUUGUGUACAGAAACUGUUGAUAUUGAUGUUGUUUUUUUAAGAAGACAAUAAAGAUCAUACAUGUAAA